AUGUUAUGGCAACAAUUCAGUCCUCGAUAUGUUGGCACUCCUGUGUGCGUUACAAUUGUCAAAAGUGGUCAAAAUAAUGUGUACUUACUGCUUUAUUUCCCGAUAUGGCUGCAAUUGAGAAAGUAAAAGUCGUUGUUCUUGGCGAUUCUGGCGUGGGUAAGACAUCGCUAACACACCUGAUAGCCCACGGGCGCGUGCUGGUGUCGCCCACAUGGACCGUGGGCUGCGCAGCCGAGGUCAAGCUGCACGAGUACCGGCAAGGCACGCAGCAGCAGAACACGUUCUUCGUCGAGUUCUGGGACGUCGGCGGCUCGCAGGGGCACAGGAAUACUAGGAACGUGUUCUACCAGCCUACACAUGGAAUAAUUCUAGUUCACGACUUAACCAACAGGAAGAGUCAAGUCAACCUACAGAAAUGGCUCUCCGAGAUCCUGAACUCGGACAACCCAACACUUCAACAUGUGGAUGUUGACCCAGAGCAGUUCCUCGGCUCUACACAGAUACCCAUUCUGGUGAUCGGCACAAAAUUCGACUUGGCGGAGGAGAAGCAGCGACGGGGGCAGUACCGGCGCCUCGCCAGCAGCAUCGCUGAGCAGUGCGGGGCCGAUGAACUGUUCGUCAACUGCCACCAAGCCAGAUCUCUCGGACCGGGGACGAGUAACUCAGUGAAAUUAACAAGAUUUUUUGACAAGGUGAUCGAGCGUCGUUACUAUUCGCGCGGUUCGCCGUUCCCCGACCGCCGCACGCACGUGACACACGCGCACACGCACACUUGUCACACUUGGCGCCAAGCACGCCCGUGCAGGGCCAACGUUCGCAACAGUACCUCAGCCCGAGGUUCUACCGUAUGGACUAGCACAGCUAGUAAACAGAACCAUUAUCUUCUUCUUCUUCUUCGUCGACACCUCAUGACUGAGGGUCGUGACCACCAUAAGUCGCUGUACGUUGCAGUGCUCUCCACUCAGGCCGAUCUUUUGCCUUCCUAAAGGAUCCCUGGAGCCCAACGCGUGUGACCUUCUUUAUUGAACCAUUAUACAGAAGUGACGGAGAGUUUGACCGCCGCACGCACGUAACAUGGCGCACACUUGGCGCUAAACACGCCUGUGCAGGGCCAGCGUUCGCAGCAAUACCUCACCACAUCUGACCACAACUUUUGUGCAAAGCCCAUACUUCCAACAGUAUUUCAGCCGCAUGGUCUAACUGGGCUUAUAACAUGGAGAACGAGCUGCGGCUUCGGUCUCUAAGGGCCCAUUUAGACGAUACGAGAACUUGCAUACGAGUUUUAUUAUAUUGCGGUAUUUGAUGGCUGUGCAUAAUAGGCGACACAACUAAAAAAACUAAUUAGUCCGUCAGUUAGGUUAAUAUCAAAGAAUUUUAGACACGUAUUUUUUCUUUUUUCUCGUAAACGAAACAUGACGACGGUACAGUGCGUUGAAGUUUCGCGUGACGUCACGCCUAAUUAGCGAACGCUUUAACAACAAACGACCCUAUAUUUAUAUUCUUAAAUUAAUAAGUAUGUAGUUCUGAUACAAAAUGUCUGAAAAUAUCGUCGGCUUCGCACAAAUAUCACUAGCUGGCUCUUAAAAUAUAAAUAUGUACUAAAUAUAAGUAAAUUAUACAUUUAAAAUCUAAAGUUUUUAGAGCGUUCUCACAUUAUCCGACCCGAUAUCGGAUGUAUGAAGGAUGUCAAAAGCAGACGUCUAAGAUGGCGCCUUUAAUAUAUCGGUCCUACAUCCAAUAUCAAAUCGGAUAAUGUAAAAACGCACUUAUUGUACAUUAAUAAAAUAAAGAUCUAUUGACCAUUCCAA